AUGGCAGUGAAUGGCAUGGAGCUGGGCCAAUGGCUGUCACAUCAGGACGAUCACACACGCCAACAGUUUUGGGUGGAUCUGCUUUUUCAUCAGCCCCCAGAGGAUCUGGUGUUUGUGCAGAACACGGCUCGACGAUUGCAGUCCUACCACCGGGUUCGACAGGGCGAGCUGCCCAAUCAAUCGGUCUUGGAUCAAACCGAGGCCUUGCAUGGCGUCGAGGCCAAGGCUUUUGCUGCGCAGGUUCAAGAUCAGCUUCAUGGCAUUGAAGAACACCAGCGCGAGCUGGCCUUUGCCGCAGAGCAGCGCGAGCUCAAGCGCCAGCAGAACGAGCUCCUCAAUGGUCUCUUGGGCCAAUAUCAAACUGCCACACAAAAAGUCUUGGCUGCCGCCGAAACCGCCGUCAAGCUCGAGGCCAACUGCGGAUCGCCCCAGGUACAUGCCUUCCGUGUCAGGCCGCAUUUGCGAGGCAGUACUCCCCCACCGCCCAGCUCACCCACCGUGCCAUGUGAAGAUUUAUGCCUGACCCACCUCAACCUAGAAGAAGAGCGCAUCCAAAGCUUCUUGUCUGGCCUGGCCGCAUGUCUUCGCCCCGACAAGGGAGUGCUUCACCUAUUUGCACCACGUUUACUAUAUGCCGGUAUGACUGUGCUGGUCGCCUCCAACCCGUGGGUCGUCAUGUCCAGCAUCUCCGGCGCUAGUAUGCCUGUCGCGUAUCUCACUCCCUUUUGUUCUGGUACACGCUGUGCAACCGCGUGUCGGCUCAUCUGCUCAUAUCUCCUCUUAGAGGCGGGACUCGAACUGGUCAAUCAGCUGCGCUUGAUCUUGGGUCGCACGGUCACCGUAUCCAAUGACGUUAUAGCUCACCCGGCAGACCUGGCCUUUGAUGCUCGUUUGCUGGGUGGCAUCUCUCCAGAGGGGCGACGCUUCUUCCUGCCCACGCCGCUGGCCACCUGGCGACGCUCGGCCGGACUGCUGCAUGAACUGGUCGUGGCUGGCCGUCGCUGGCUGCAGUCGCAGCUGGACCUACAUGGAGAUGCGAUUAUUGACCACCACUGGUGCCGAAUCAUCACCCACAUUGUAGGCUGGAAUCGCUGGCUUGCACUUGAGGAGCAGCUUCGGCCCGUUUUAAACUGGCUUCAGCUGCUGCGGCACGACAACGACUUGAGCGUUGAAUCCUGGGCCGAACUCAUUCGAUUGCUGGAAACGGCCAUGGCCGAGAAGCGUCAUGCUCUGGCUAUUGAGGACAAGGCCGGUGAUGAGGCACGGAAGGAGGCGCGAAUUCUUGAGCGCCUGGCAGCAGAGCAUGAUGAAGCACGAACCAACGCACAGGCCAAGCUUAAGGGCAUGAGCCGGCUCAUACCACGCUUGCAACGCCUCAUCGAGGUCCAGGAAGAUCUAGAUCUCGAUCUAGAAACGGCCAUGGAUGAGUUGGACGAGGAGAUGGUGCGCUGGGUUGAGGCCCCGUUACUGAGCAAGCAUCAGGCUGGCGAUGCCGCUGGCCUGGCCAGCCUAACCUAUGCCGACCGCAUUGAUCUCCUUAUACAAGGAGACGUGGACACCGAGGCAGCAGUGGAGGCGCUGACCCUGGAGCGACGCUCGUUUCAGUUGCAGCCCGAAAGCGUUAUUGACUAUGCUCUGGGCUUUCCCGUGACCUCACCCGCCGUUGCCUGGCGCGUCUUGACGCGUGCCGAGCAAGACUAUCUCGACCUCUUGGAUUUGCAUCAAUGGCUCAACAUUCAACCGCUCGUGGUGGUGCUUCGCGACCGAGGUCUCACGCACAACGUCAUUGACCGUGCCCUACGGACGCUGCAGCGGCAUGAGGGAGGUGAUCGCCCACCCCUGCGUGCUCUACCGCGCGCAUUACAGGAGGAGCAAGAGUUUUUGACGCUCGAAGAAUUUGUGGCCAUGUUCUGGGACUGGCUGCAGCUGAUCGAGGUGCACGAAGCCUUUUUCAACGAUCUGUUGGCAGGGAUGGACGAAUUGGCCAUAGCAGAGGAGAACGAAGAUGCCAGCGGCACGCUGGGCGCGCUUGAUCGACUGGCGCAGGCGCUCCUCGAGCUGGCGGAAACCUUGCGCCCGACCCUGCAAACGCUUUUGCGAAAUGUUGAGAAUGGUCUGCAUCGGUUUGGUGCCGCCAUGGAACGCAGUGCCCUUUUGCGUAGCUUUCUGUGCCGCGCCAAAUAUAGUCAGCACGCCCCCACGGCGUUGUCAUUCUGGCGCCUGCAUCUUCUACCCUUGCAGCGAAUAAGUUUCUAUCGUUGGUGUUGUGGUGAACUGCUGCGUUUGACAGCUGCACCAACCCAGCGCCAGGCCUUGGGUCAAGCCAUGGACACCUUUGGCAAGCUGUGCCGUGGUUUGGAUCGCACAGCCGCGACAUCGGCUCGUACGGCUGCGGCAACGCUGGCGCGGCGAGCCGGUGCCGAUGAUGAGCUGCCCUCGGAUGCUGUACUUGUCCAGCGCUUUGUGGUGGUGGCACGAGAGCGCGUCGUGCUACACGACGACUCGGACCUGGUGGAAACCUACGGAGCGGCCGAGGAGGAACAUUCGGUUGGCGUGAUGCGUGCGCUGGGCGAGGCUCUCGUAGCCGUCACUCCCUCGGAACUCCACUUUCUAGAGGUCUGGGAGGAGUGCGUGGCCGUGGGCCAAGCGGCGGUGACGCGCCUGCGCACGUUGAUUGUUUUGCCUCGCCAUGUCGUUGAAGAUGUAUACCUGUCCUCGGAAUAUGUUCAAGAUUUGGACUUGGAUGGUGUGGUGCUUUGUGUCACCAUGACGCCAGGCGCACAAGCCGAUAGCAACACAGAUGCCAUGGGUGGAGACGAGGCCUGGGAAGACACAUCCCUCGUGAAGCUCUAUCAUCGCAACCCCGGACAGCUUGAGGCGCUUGAGCACGUACUGCUCAGUUCUUAA